AAACGCCAAAACGAAAUCACGAGGGUUUAUCACCCAAUGGAAUCGGAACACAAUCACUCUUAUAUCCGUAAUAGAAUAAGGUAGCUAAAGUGUUGUAAUAGCCUGUCUCUAAAGUUCUAUCAAAUCGUCAAAAUUGUCGGACCCGAAGAGCCGCUGAGAAGACCAUCAUCAUGGGUGAACCACAGCAGGUUAGCGCCCUGCCUCCUCCACCAAUGCAGUAUAUCAAAGAGUACACAGACGAAAAUGUCAGCAAGGGUUUUGCUCCCAAACCACCACCACCCAUCAGAGACAGCUACAUGAUGUUUGGCAACCAGUUUCAGUGCGACGACCUGAUCAUUCGGCCUCUAGAGACCCAAGGCAUCGAGAGGCUUCAUCCUGUGCAAUUUGACCACAAACGUGAGCUCAAGAAGCUAAAUAUGUCCAUCCUGGUGAACUUUCUGGACCUUCUGGACAUCCUCAUCAAGAGCCCUGGCAGUAUAAAGCGAGAAGAAAAGCUGGAGGACCUGAAACUUUUGUUUGUUCACAUGCACCACCUGAUCAAUGAAUAUAGGCCACAUCAAGCCCGGGAGACUUUGCGAGUGAUGAUGGAGGUUCAGAAACGACAGAGACUGGACACAGCAGAGAGAUUCCAAAAGCACCUGGAGCGGGUAGUGGAGUUGAUCCAGGGGUGCCUUGCCUCUUUGCCCGAUGACUUACCGCAGUUGGAAGGCACCGACAUUGCUGGGGAUGGAGCAAGGACUCUGCUUGUCGGGAGUGGUGUCGGGCCUUCUGUGCUGCCUCCAAGGCUGAAAAUAGAACCCAUAGAUGUAGAGGAAGCAGCGGCUGCAAGUUGUUUGGCGGCAGGUCACCAGAACAAGAUUACGCCUGCCAUAAAAAAGGGCAAAAUGUGGGACAAAGAUGCUGCCAUGUGCAGUAUCAUUGACAAAAUUGCCUAGUAUUUUCUCACAAUACUGCAAAUGAUUUAAAUCUAGUGAUUUAAAUGUAGUAUUCUCUCACAAUACUGAAAAUGAUUUAAAUUUAUUACUGUGCUAUAAUCACCCAUUUGGUUUAAGUUCAGUUUAUUUAAAAGCUUUGUGUGUAUUGUAUUGUGGCCUCGGGAGAGACGAUAAUCUAUCCAUUGCAUUUGCAAAUGUGUGAAGGACUGGGGAGGAAUCAACCUGAAAAUGAAACACAAAUCAGGUGGCCAAGGCCCCCCCCCCCCAUAUCUAAUAAAAAUAUGUUCAGCUAAAAGAGAAA